AUGCAACAUGACCGGGUGAUUGCUUAUGCCUCGAGGCAACUCAAAAAGCAUGAGCGAAAUUAUCCAGUCCAUGACUUGGAACUUGCCGCAGUAGUGUUUGCUCUGAAGAUUUGGCGACAUUACUUGUAUGGUGAGACCUGUCAGAUUUUCACGGAUCAUAAGAGCCUCAAGUAUUUCUUUACUCAGAAGGAACUGAAUAUGAGACAACGGCGCUGGUUGGAAUUGAUCAAGGAUUAUGAUUGUACGAUUGAGUACCACCCAGGCCGAGCUAAUGUGGUUGCAGAUGCAUUGAGUAGGAAGGCACCUGCGAACUUAGCCCAUAUUAAGGCGGCCUAUCUUCCGUUGUUGGUGGAACUACGGAAAGAGGGAGUAGAAAUGGAGAUGACUCAACAAGGUGGAAUCCUUGCUAGCUUGCAUGUGAGACCCAUUAUGGUGGAACGGGUAAUUGCAGGCCAGUUGGAAGAUCCUGUACUCUGUAGGAUAAGGGGAGAAGUAGAGAAUGGAACGUGGAAGGAUUAUACUAUAAGGGGAGACGGAGCCUUGGUUCAUUUGUCUCCAGAUCAUCCUAUUCCACCAGUUUCUAGAAUGUGGCAUGAACAAAGUGACAUAUGCAAUGCAACACAUUUGUACUCGACGUACCAAGCGCGUGUGGAUGCAUUUCAACAGCUUCUGGGAGUGGAGAAUGUAGCUACUACUGUUCGGGCCAAAAUUCUGCACGCCCAACCCAGCACUUGA